GGGCGUCCCCGCCGCGCCGCGCGGUCCUCGCCGAGGCAGAGGCGGCGGCGGCAGCAGGUGGAGCGGGUUCCGGGUCCGGCCCGGGGCUCCGGGGAGGUCGGGUCGCCGCGCGGGGCACCGGCCCCUCCGCCCCCCCUCCCCCACCCCCCCAGACCUGUGCUCCCGGAAGGGAGCCGCCGGCUGCUCCGGGGUCCGCGGGGGGGGAGCUCGCCGGGCGGCGCGGGCGGGGCCCCGGUGGCGCGCCCGCCUCCCCCUCCGGCUCGCGCGCGGGAAGCGGCGGCUCUUCCCCGGGACUCCGGGCGCUCCUUGCGCGGCCCUCGCCGGCUUUGCCUCGGGGGCCCUCUAGCCUUGUCGUCCGCCGGAGUUCUCCACCGACCGCUUUCCUCCAUUUGGGGACACUUCCCGCCGGCGACGCCCGAGCGCCCCCUGAGGGUCCGGCCGCCGGAGCUGCGGGGUCCCGGCCCUGCUCGCCGCCCCCGACCCUCGAGGCUCUCCCGCCGGCCUGCCUCCUCCCAGCCUCCGGCCUCGACGCGGGGGUGCGGACCUGGUCCCGUCUGCGCCCCCCAACACCCCCGGAAGGAGUGCGGUCCUCCGAGGCCCCGCCGCCGGCCAUGGCCUUCACUUUCGCCGCUUUCUGCUACAUGCUGUCCCUGGUGCUGUGCGCCGCGCUCAUCUUCUUCGCCAUCUGGCACAUAAUUGCCUUCGAUGAGUUAAGGACAGAUUUUAAGAGCCCCAUAGACCAGUGCAACCCUGUUCACGCGAGGGAACGGCUGAGGAACAUUGAACGCAUCUGCUUCCUCCUGAGAAAGGUACUUCCACUGUCCGGCAGACAGUUCCGAGCUGGCCUACGACCCGCCCGCGGUCAUGAACGCAGACACCCUGAGUUACUGUCAGAAGGAGGCCUGGUGCAAGCUGGCGUUCUACCUGCUGUCCUUUUUCUAUUACCUCUACUGCAUGAUCUACACUCUAGUGAGCUCUUAACCCGGGCCGCACAGGUCAUCAGAGACGGGGACGGGAGAGGCUCGAGGCGGAGUCCUCGCGACUGGCUGGCGGUUGGAGAAGGGCCCGGACUGGGGUGCGUGAGAGACACCUGCAGACGGCGGAUUCCUGCGGCAGCGGGGACCGAGGUCACGGAGCGUGGGGGUCGCUGCCCAGCCCGCACCCAGGUGGCGAUCCCGUCUGGGCCACGGGACCUCUCCUGAGCAAGGACUGUUGCUGCCUGAGUGACCCCCGCCCCUCUGAGCACCCCGUGCGGUCCACAGUGAGCCCGGGACCGCGGGCGGGGGGGGGCACGGCUGGCAGGCCACAAACUGCCUGCCCAGGAACAGAAUGACCCAGGACCUGCUGAGGCCUCCAGGGUGUCGCGGGCUACCCGAGCCCUCUGUGUGUCCUCGGAGCCCCGCAGCGCCCUGCGCUUCCGCGGGAGGGUCUGCGGGGGCGCGGAUUCGCCAUUGGCUCCCACCAGCCCCGAGCCCGCGGGCGGCCUGUUUUCGCGCUCUGCUUUGUGGGAGUCGGCCCGGCGACACAGGGAGCUGGGGCUCCGGCUGCUGGCCAUGAAUUAUGUCCAAAGUCUCAGGGGAGGCGGGAAUCGGAGGGAAGAAUGAUUUUUUAAAGCAUUUUCACGUUCAAAGUGUUCUUUGCCACCACAAACUGUGUUCUCCCGCUGUCGGUCCAAAGCCGUCGCAGAAUCAACGAAGGCAAAUCGACCGGUCGACGUCGUCAACGCCUGUCUUCUCUUAAGGACCCCAAGCAGCGGCGCCCGGGAAACGCCCUGCACCUGCUCUGUGCUGUGUGCAUCGGGCGGCCAGGAGGCGAGACGGCGCAAUUACAGCCUCCUUUUGUGAUGCUACGUCAUUCGUUCUGUUAGUGCCACUCGAGGACUUUGGCUUAUUUAGAAUUUUCCCUCUGACGUCCUCUCCUGUUUGGGUAGGAGGUGUCCUUGGGGUUGUAAAUAAUGACAAGGCUGAGGUUUUUAUGUUUCAACUGGGCACGAUGAUUUCUACCUUAUUCCCCACACUUCCCUCUCUUCUGUGUGACACACACACAGGCUAUUUAUACCCGUGCGCGGCUCCCGUUGGAACCGGUGACUCAGGUUUGUGAAUGGUGUCUGUGCCGCGCGUCGUGAGCUAUGUUUAAAACGCAGUGACAGCUUGCGCGCCACACCUACCCGGCCGCCUCAUUUAAACCCCUCGCAGGCUGGCUGCCUCUCCGUACGGGCGGUAAACUGGUAGGUGAGGAGGAAAAGUUUCAAAAAGCUGUUCUGUUUCUAAAAAUUCCGUAGGGAACAAAACUCAGGCUUCCGCUCUGAGGCUGAGGGUAUAAAGCCGGAGGAUUCCAGGGGGCAUUUCGGGGAGCAGACUCCCCUCUGUCCAGGGCGCACCGUGCCGGCUGCGUAACGGAGGCCGGGGGAGAGCGGCCUUCGGGGCUGCUGGGCCUCGCCUCUGGGGUGGCCUGAGAAGGCCACCUGCACGUGACCCUCGCCCCCACAUGUCUGUCCCUGGAGCUGUCUCCUUCGUUUUUGUACUUUGCCUCCUUCCCAAAAGGUGACACGUGGCUCGUGAUGGCAUGACACAGGGACACAGAGACCGCUAGAAUGGAGGGAGGGGAUUCACACACGCGCCUUCCCCGAGGUUCUGCUUCCCGCAGUUGAGCAUUUCUUCGCGGCAAAUCGUGGCGGCUCACGUUUGCCUGGGGCUUCGUCGUCCGCAGAUUGAUUUCGUUCCUUUGAUCUCCUCGCCAUCCUGUGGGGUUGACACGACCCUUUCCCCAUUUUCUUUCUUUUUUUUAUUUUUAAAAUGUUUUUAUUUUUUGAGAAACAGAACACA